AUGGCCGGAUUGGCGACGAGAGACCAGAACCACCGACAGACCGCGACCGAUCGACUGGAGGAGGACCACAUGACAUUGGGGGGAAUGGGGGAAUACGAUGAAGAGAAGCUGACUGGUUCUCUUUCAGUCCUCAAGAAUGGCCGUGUCGCUAUCAUCACCCGGGGCAGGUACGCCGGAAAGAAGGUCGUUAUCGUCAAAGUGAUGGACGAUGGCAGCAAGACCCACCCCUUCGGCCACGCCCUGGUCACCGGUGUCGACCGCUACCCCUCCAAGGUCACUCGCCGCAUGAGCAAGACCAGGAUGGCCAAGCGCUCCAAGGUCAAGCCUUUCAUCAAGGUCAUCAACUACAACCACCUCAUGCCCACUCGUUACACUUUGGAUAUGGAGAGCUUGAAGGGUGUCAUCACAAACGACACCUUCAAGGAGCCCUCGCAGAGGGAGGAGGCCAAGAAGACCGUGAAGAAGUCCUUCGAGGAGAAGUACACGAGCGGAAAGAACAAGUGGUUCUUCACUCCUCUUCGCUUCUAG